AUGGGUGAGGGAUUAGGAGGCGACAAGUACAAGUUGGCGGCCACUUCGGAAGAUGGUGGGGGCAAGAAGAAGAAAGGGAAGAAGCAGAACAAGGACAUGGACGAUCUCAAGAAAGAAGUGGAUUUGGAUGACCAUAAGCUGACCUUGGACGAGCUUCACCGCAAGUACGGCUCUGACCUUGAAAGAGGUUUGACCACCUCCCGCGCCAAAGAGAUCCUGGCGCGCGACGGACCCAACGCCCUGACCCCUCCUCCCACCACCCCGGAGUGGGUCAAGUUCUGUAAGCAGCUCUUCGGCGGCUUCUCCACUCUGCUGUGGAUCGGCGCCAUCCUGUGUUUCCUGGCGUACGGGAUCCAGGCGGCGUCCGAAGACGAACCGACCAACGAUAAUUUGUACCUCGGAAUCGUGCUCUCCGCCGUGGUGAUGAUCACCGGUUGUUUUUCCUACUAUCAAGAAGCCAAGAGUUCAAAGAUCAUGGAGUCCUUCAAGAACCUCGUUCCUCAGCAAGCCCUGGUCAUUCGAGACGGUGAGAAGAGUAACAUAAACGCUGAGGACGUGGUGGCUGGAGACAUCGUGGAGAUUAAGGGUGGUGACCGGAUCCCGGCUGAUCUCAGGAUCAUCGCUGCACAUGGAUGCAAGGUCGACAAUUCCUCCCUUACUGGCGAAUCCGAGCCUCAGACCCGAACUCCCGACUUCUCCAACAACAACCCACUGGAGACGAGAAACAUUGCAUUCUUUUCCACAAACUGUGUUGAAGGCUCUGCAAAGGGCAUCGUGAUCAAUACCGGAGAUCGCACCGUGAUGGGUCGGAUCGCUACUCUGGCCUCGAGCCUCGAGGGUGGAAAGACGCCGAUCGCCAAGGAGAUCGAGCACUUCAUCCAUAUCAUCACCGGGGUGGCCGUUUUCCUUGGGGUGUCCUUCUUCAUCUUGUCCCUCAUCCUUGGGUACGGUUGGCUGGAGGCUGUGAUCUUCCUCAUCGGGAUCAUCGUCGCCAACGUUCCGGAGGGUCUCCUCGCUACCGUCACUGUGUGUCUAACCCUGACCGCCAAGCGUAUGGCCAAGAAGAACUGCCUGGUGAAGAACCUGGAAGCCGUCGAGACCCUCGGCUCGACCUCCACCAUCUGCUCGGACAAGACCGGGACCCUGACCCAGAACCGGAUGACCGUGGCUCACAUGUGGUUCGACAACCAGAUCCACGAAGCCGACACCACCGAGAACCAGAGCGGAACCUCUUUCGACCGGAGCUCCCCUACAUGGUCUGCGCUCGCUCGUGUGGCCGGCCUGUGCAACCGCGCCGUCUUCCUCGGCGAUCAGAGCAACGUUCCUAUUCUUAAGAGAGAAACCGCCGGCGAUGCCUCGGAGUCUGCCUUGCUGAAGUGUAUCGAGCUUUGCUGCGGUCCAGUGAAAGAGAUGAGGGACAAGUACCCCAAGAUAGUCGAAAUCCCUUUCAACUCCACUAACAAGUAUCAGCUCUCGAUCCACAAGAACUCUAACUCUUCAGAGAGCAAGCAUUUGCUUGUGAUGAAGGGAGCUCCUGAGAGGAUCCUGGACCGGUGCUCGACUAUCAUCCUCCAAGGAAAGGAGCAAACGCUGGACGACGAACUGAAGGAUGCGUUCCAGAACGCUUAUGUAGAACUCGGAGGUCUUGGAGAGCGAGUCCUCGGGUUCUGCCAUUAUAGCCUUCCUGAUGACCAGUUCCCUGAGGGGUUCCAAUUUGACACAGAAGAAGUCAACUUCCCCACGGAGAACCUGUGCUUCGUCGGCCUCAUGUCCAUGAUCGAUCCUCCUCGGGCUGCCGUACCUGACGCGGUGGGCAAGUGCAGGAGCGCCGGAAUCAAGGUCAUCAUGGUUACCGGGGAUCAUCCUAUCACUGCUAAGGCUAUUGCCAAAGGUGUGGGGAUCAUCUCCGAAGGAAACGAGACCGUAGAAGACAUCGCGGCCCGUCUGAACAUCCCGGUUGGAGACGUCAACCCCAGGGACGCUAAGGCGUGCGUGGUGCACGGCGGUGAUCUGAAGGACAUGACCGAGGAACAGCUGGAUGACAUCCUGAGCCACCACACUGAGAUCGUGUUUGCCAGGACGUCUCCCCAGCAGAAAUUGAUCAUCGUGGAAGGCUGCCAACGACAGGGAGCGAUCGUGGCCGUGACGGGCGACGGCGUGAACGACUCUCCCGCACUGAAGAAAGCCGACAUCGGGGUAGCCAUGGGUAUCGCCGGGUCGGACGUCUCCAAACAGGCCGCCGACAUGAUCCUCCUGGACGACAACUUCGCAUCUAUCGUGACCGGAGUGGAAGAAGGCCGUCUGAUCUUCGACAACUUGAAGAAAUCGAUCGCCUACACCUUGACCAGUAACAUCCCUGAGAUUUCACCCUUCCUCCUCUUCAUCAUCGCCAACAUCCCUCUUCCUCUGGGCACCGUGACUAUUUUGUGUAUCGACCUGGGAACCGACAUGGUACCGGCUAUUUCUUUGGCUUAUGAAGAGGCUGAAAGCGACAUCAUGAAGAGACAGCCGAGAAAUGCCAAAACGGACAAGCUGGUAAACGAGAGGCUGAUUAGUAUAGCGUACGGGCAAAUCGGGAUGAUGCAGGCUACAGCAGGGUUCUUCACUUACUUCGUGAUCCUGGCAGAGAAUGGGUUCCUGCCCUCAGACCUCAUCGGGGUCCGUGUCAACUGGGACGAUAAAUUUUACAAUGAUCUAGAAGACAGCUACGGCCAGCAAUGGACGUACGAACGCAGAAAGAUCGUGGAGUACACGUGCCAUACUGCGUUCUUUGCCAGUAUUGUGAUUGUGCAGUGGGCUGAUUUGAUCAUCUGUAAAACCAGAAGGAAUUCCAUCCUACAGCAAGGAAUGAAAAACAAGAUCUUAAUAUUCGGGCUGUUUGAGGAAACGGCUCUGGCUGCUUUCCUGUCCUACUGCCCUGGCAUGGACGUCGCUCUCAGAAUGUACCCGCUCAAACCAAGCUGGUGGUUCUGCGCCUUCCCGUAUUCGCUGCUCAUCUUCCUUUACGAUGAGGCCAGAAGGUACCUGCUUAGACGAAACCCAGGGGGCUGGGUGGAACAGGAGACGUACUAUUAAGCCGACCGGAAAGCUUAGUCUCGGCUGCCAAAGGAUGACCAAUCAUACGUUCAUGUACAAACACAUAUUCGAUAUUAAUACUUUGAAAUAAAGAUGAGUCC